UUUAAAAACUCACUUCAUGGCGCUAGUACGUCGAGAUUCUUCGAAAACAUGAAAUAAAAGGCCAGGGAAACUCUCUCGACUGCUACAAAUCCCAUUAAGUCCCGUCAAAGAGCGUAAAAAUUGGCAUUCGACUUGCGUGAGAUAUAUUAGGUUGAAAUGAGGAGUUAUAAAUAAAUUAAUCCAGACGUGGGUUUUACAGGUGAAAUGGAGAAUGUUCAAAAGUCCUACAAAGACAGUCCCCAGGAUUCUCCUUCAAUAGAAACAAUCGACCCUGCUAGUCUACUGGAGGCUAAUAUAAAGGCUGGAGUGACUGAUGAGAAUCAUCUUCGGAGUCUCGGUUUAAUAAUGGAAGAUGGCAAACCAAGAUUCAAGUUAGACGAGCCCGUGACUGGCCAGACUGAUCUCAGCAUGUCAGGGUCUGGUCUAAGCAACUUUCCAUCAGCUCCGAUUACUCAGGAUCAAGAUGAGGAGUCAUUUAUUGUUUUUGGAAGUGAUUCGCUGAAUUCGAUACAAGCCUCUUCGAUGGCAUCAUACAUUCAGAUUCAACAGAAGAGUAUGUCGACUGAUUAUAGCUCGUUGAUUUCCUCAUUGAGCAUCGAAGAGACCCAAAAAAAGAUCAAGGAACUACUUCAAGAAAAUGUCAAACUCAAGGAAACAUUGAAGCAAAAUAAUUUGGCCAUGAAACAACAGUUCAAUGUUUUGGCAGCUUGGCAAGAAGAGAUAAUGAAAGUGCAUCAGAGCCAUAAGCAAAAAUUCAGUGAAACUAAGGCACUAAUCAAUCAAUUGAGGAAGGAAAACGCAGAAUUAAAAGUCAAGGCUUCAAAGGACUCGGCACCGUCGAACAUCCACGAUUCAAAGAUAGAAGAUCUAGAAAUCCAGCUGCAAACAAUCUUACUUUCGCAAAAAUCACUUCAAUCUCCAAGAGAAGUUGAACUUGAGGCAGCAAAUUCUAAGUUAGUUAAAGAACUGAAUGAUACAAAGACAGUUUGUUUCCGGUUGACCACUGAGGUCGAACAUUACACAGCUUUAUCCAAGCACCUAAGUCAGCAGUUAAAGCACGCCAAGUUAACAAUUGAAAAGUUAAAUCUUGACUUGGAAAAACUGCAGUUAAAUUUAAAGGAAAAAGAGGAGCUGGCAAGCCUUGCAGAUUUCAGUAUAAUUUCUACGUCAGAACAAACCAAGCCAUCCAAACCGUGGAAAGAUAAAAUUAUUGAACAAGAAAAGGAGAUUGAACAUCUUCGUGGAUUGAUCAAUUCUUUGGAAUGCCAGUUGAACGUUUCCUCUCAAAAUACAUUUGCGCCAAUUGAAAUUCGAACUCGUGACUCCAGCCAUCCGCCCUCUCCAGAUCAUGUCCAGUUUAACGAAAAUGUGAAACAAUACAACGAAACAUUAGUCCGUUUAUCAGAAUUAUAUGCUAAGUACGCAACACGAUAUAUCGAUGUACAAGAGUGUCUGAAGGAAUUAAUCGAACUUUUACAAGAUUUAGAGCAGCCGGAAAAGAAAGAAGGACUUGGUGUUAAUGAGCAGGAAAAGCGUGACAAGUUGAGGAGCUGCCAAGCCAGAUUGACCAAACAGCGGCAGGCUAUGAUUAACGAAAGGCAAGAGUUGACAAAAGCUCAAAGUCAAUUCCAAAAAAUAUUUUCCGAUUUCAACUCGUUGUUGUACGAGUUGGAAAUUUUACACGAGGAAAAUGAUAAGCUGAGUUCCUUAAGAGAUAAUAAUGCCUCAGUGGCGGUGACACAAGAAAGUCCGCAAAAAUCGGCAGUUGACGAUGAGCAAAAUUUGGCCAAGGAGAGACUACUUUUAGAAGCUAUGAAAGCAAGUAUUUUGCAAGAAAAAAAGGAUCUUAAUGAAGAAAAGAAAGCAAUAAUUGCACUGAAAGAAAAGUGUCAAAAACAGGAUCAAGAGGAAGUGAUAAAAUUGCAAGAAGCCAUCAAACAUUUACAGAAUAGAAACGUAUACUUGGAAAAAUGCCGAACAACUGAUAAGGAAACAUUCGAGCUAUUGAAUCUGGAGAUUAAAUCUUUAAAAUCAGAGGCUGAAAAACACCCCCUGUUAUUAGCACAAGUGAAAAUUUACGAGACAGAUUUUAAAGAGGAAAGAGAAGCCAGGGAACGAUUGUCGGCAGAAAAUGAAAAACUCAUUCAUGAAUUGAAAAAAAUGCGUCAAAUGCAGGUGGAUUUAGUUGAAAACUUGGAAGGGCGUUCGUCGCCAAGAGCACAACAACAGCAGUCGCGGCAGCAGCAACAACAACAACAACAACAACAACAACAACAACAACAAUCAGUAACUGCUAGUGGAGGGGAACAUCGCGAAGAGGAUUCGGACUAUCUACCAACGUCAGUUAUCACUGCAUUUUCAUGUCCAAAGUGCAGCCUAUCUUUCAGAGCGCUAAGACCUCUCCAGGAGCACGUUGAAGCAUGUUUAGAUCUUCAGUGAUGGCACUGUGGUCAUCUUUGCAAUUAUAUGGACUGAAUAUGUUGAUUCUCAACCGCUCAUUGUCGAGUAACAGAAUGGAUUCCAACGCCUCUGCUUCGUGUAGAUUUACACAGUAGAACCUAUGUACAGCUUUUAUUACUUAGAAAAAUAAUUUUUAUCUAUCCUAACUUAGAUGUAAUAUGUGUAUAACGUGUUUAAUUUGUAACGAGAUUACUUGAAUAUGGAUUAUCAACAUUAUUUUUGACUUGUAACCAUGUGAUUUAUUAUUGUGAUGAUUUCUUUUAGAACUCUCCUUUUUUUUUCUCAUUCACUUUAUUCAUCAGUUUUUAUAGGGCGAUGAUUGUAUCCUCUGUAAAAUAAAAAUGUUAAAUAAUUAUCUAACAAUAUUGAAAAAGAAUACGGCCGAAAAUUUCGGUGCCUAUUUUCAUAUACAGUAUACAAAUAAAAAUAUUGAAAUAA